CUAGUAUGCAGUCACAGCGAUGCCCCCCAAACAAACUGGAUCGACGUAGGCUACGCAACAACAACACUUGCAAGUAUCCAGUAGGACAGUGUGAUGGAUUUGGACACACCUGGAGGGGGUUUUGACGAGGAUGUGGCAACUCAACUGAUGAUCGAGCAGAGUCUCCUGCAGCGCCGCAAACAAGCGGAGGCCAGGAGCUCUUUCUCCGGUGAAUCCUGCAGGGUCAUUCCGAUCACCCCUGAGAGAGAGAAGAUAUUCAAUGCAAUAAAGCAUGGUGAUGAAAAGUCCCUCCGUAAGCUGACUGUCCAUCAGCAAGCUAUCUCUGAAGAAGACGACACAGGCUACAUCCCCUUACACGAGGCCGCCAUACAGAACAACCAGAACAUCCUUGAGAUCACAUUUACCGCGUCUCCUGAGGAUGCCAAGCACAGAAAGACUCGUCAGGGUAAGACGGCUCUCUUCUUAGCGGUGGAGAAAGGUCUUUUGGACAACACUUGUUUCCUGCUGGACCACGGCAGCAGUCCAGACACCCUGGAUAAAGAGGAAGACUCGCCUCUCGUUGUAGCCAUAAGGAACAACCACUACGACAUGACGAAGCUCCUGCUAAACUUCAGUGCCAGAGUUAACCAGGAGGGGGCGAACCGCAGGACGGCCCUGCAUGAAGCCUCCCGGCUCGGCCUGACGGAUUUCGUGGAUCUGCUGUUGAAGUUCGGAGCUCAUCCCGACCCCAGAAGCUCCUACGGCCUGACGCCGUUAGCAUUAGCUGCACAGGCCGGACACCUGGAGAUCAUCCGAACACUUCUCCAGAGAGGUCAGGAGAGAAUCCAGAUGCAGCCCAGGGUCAUUACAUUUUGUUUCUUCACAGAGAGCGUCCGCUGUCUGCAGCAUCUCUGUCGGCUGAAGAUCAGGGCUUGUUUGGGUCGGUUGCGUUUGAGAGCUCCGAUCUUCAUGAGCUUCCUUCCAUUACCAGACCGACUGAAGCAAUACAUCCUAUACAAAGAAUAUGAUCUCUACGCUCAGAAAUGCCAAACGCAAAGCAAAUAAACCAGAACACACAAAACACACAAUUACAGCUCAGCGCAAGUGUAAUGGACACUCCAUGACAGACGUCUUGUCCAGAAUUAUGUGCAUAUUAUGACAGUUAAUAUGAAAUAUGAAAAGAGUCUUAAUGUUAACGAAUAUAUGUAUAGAACUCAAUAAUUUGUUCAAAUAAAUAAAUAUUUGUUUUAAUA